AUGUUUGAUAAAAAUGAAUUUCAAUUUCUUAGCAUUGGACUUAUCGUGAGAUUGUUUUUAUUUUUUCACUCACGUUCUCGUCAAUAUUUCGAAAAUAGUGUUGAAUAUGUAACACCGUUAAAUUCAUGGAAAAGAGUGACAGAAGGAAUUUAUCUUCGAAACUUGAAUGUAUCACCAUUUGUUGGUUCAAUUGUACAUGAGACACCUUUGUCACUAUUUAUCUAUUCAAAAUUGGAUUUCAUAACAAACGGACAUAUGGAAUUUGUUUUCAUUGUUGCUGAUUUAAUCUGUGCAAUAUUUUCCUAUAAACUUGCAAAAAUAAUUUUAACACAACUGUUUGAGCAUCAACAAAAGAUGAUAUCGACUUAUGAAAAUAGUAGCGAACCAUUAUGGUUGACGAAAGAUAAUAUUCAAGGAUGUGCGAAAGCUGUAUUACUCAUGUCAAUGAUAAAUCCACUAUCGAUUGAUAUUCGACAUAGUCUAGUGGUUGUUUGUAUGAUGCUCGUUGCUUUCUUAAUGGCUCCAAUAUGUUGGUAUUUAUGGAUUUAUACUGGAAGUGCAAAUGCAAAUUUUUAUUUUGCUAUGACAAUGGUAUUCAAUGUUGCACAGACAUUUCUCAUAUCCGAUUUAUUAUAUGCAUAUUUAAAACGAAAAUUUUUCUUAGAAAAUGGACUUACCAUACCUCAAAUUAACGAUAAAGAAGCACAACUUGAAUUUCGCUGA